UGCGGACGCGUGCUCGUUAUUGCGCUCGCCUGUCUGGAUCGGUCGUGGUCGCGCAGGGUUCGUGGGUGCUGUGCGGAUGUUACUAUGGCGGAGCUACCGGCCUUCUUCCUCAUCACCCUCAGCCUCCUGGUAGUUGGGGAGGUCUCCUAUAUGGCAGAAGCAAUUAGAUGUGUGUGCUCAACCUGCGUCAAGACAAACUACACCUGUGAGACGGAUGGGGCCUGCAUGGUCGCUACCACUAAUCUUCAUGGAAAAAUACAUGACGAUAGAAGAUGCAUUUCAUCAUCAGACCUUGUACCUGCAGGAAAACCCUUCUAUUGUCUUAGUUCUGAAGAUAUACGAAACACCCACUGCUGUCACACAGAUUUCUGCAACAAAAUUGAAAUUGUGGUGCCAAAUGGAUUCACCAAGAACCCUUCCCCAGGCUGGGGCCCCGUGGAGCUUGUCGCUGUGAUUGCAGUCCCUGUGUUUCUCCUUUGUGUUGUUCUCAUUGUGGUGGUCUUGUUCCAUUGUCACCAGCGGGUCUAUCACAAUCGCCAGAGACUUGAUUUGGAGGAUCCAUCAUGUGAGAUGUACCUGGCGAAAGAUAAAACUCUCCCAGACUUGGUCUACGAUCUGUCCACAUCUGGUUCAGGCUCAGGUCUUCCACUUUUCGUGCAAAGAACAGUGGCAAGAACAAUUGUCCUGCAGGAAAUCAUUGGGAAAGGACGUUUUGGGGAAGUAUGGCGUGGCAAGUGGCGUGGUGGAGAUGUGGCAGUUAAAAUAUUUUCUUCCAGGGAAGAACGGUCAUGGUUCAGAGAAGCAGAAAUCUACCAGACUGUGAUGCUGCGGCAUGAGAACAUACUUGGAUUUAUUGCUGCAGAUAACAAAGACAAUGGAACCUGGACACAGCUGUGGCUUGUUUCAGACUAUCACGAACAUGGGUCGCUGUUUGAUUAUCUAAAUCGAUAUACAGUUACUAUUGAAGGGAUGAUUAAACUUUCUCUAUCCGCUGCCAGUGGACUUGCUCACCUGCACAUGGAGAUUGUUGGAACUCAGGGAAAGCCUGGUAUAGCUCACAGGGACCUAAAGUCCAAAAAUAUUCUCGUCAAAAAGAAUGGCAUGUGUGCAAUUGCAGACUUGGGCCUUGCGGUUCGUCACGAUUCCCUCACCGACACAAUAGACAUUGCUCCAAACCAGAGAGUUGGGACCAAAAGGUACAUGGCUCCUGAAGUACUGGAUGAGACCAUCAACAUGAAACACUUUGACUCCUUUAAGUGUGCUGACAUUUAUGCUCUUGGCUUGGUUUACUGGGAAAUAGCUCGUAGAUGCAGUGCUGGAGGCUUCCAUGAAGAAUACCAGCUUCCUUACUACGACCUUGUACCAUCAGAUCCAUCUAUUGAAGAAAUGAGAAAAGUAGUGUGUGACCAGAAGCUGCGGCCUAACAUACCCAAUUGGUGGCAGAGUUAUGAGGCUCUUCGUGUGAUGGGGAAGAUGAUGAGAGAGUGCUGGUACUCUAAUGGGGCAGCACGGUUGACAGCUCUUCGCAUUAAAAAAACACUGUCACAGCUCAGCAUAGAGGAAGACGUGAAGAUCUGAAAAUGCCAACAACGCCCCUGAGAAAAUGUGGAAAAUUCAUACAAGCUGCCAUGAUGUAGUACAUGAGUAUGAGGUCUACCUCAAAGUUUCUUCCCAGACAACUGCCAGUUGAACAAUGGGGGCCUCGUUGGCCAAAAUGGAAGAGAACAGCACACUACAAAUCAAUUUUAGGUUUGGGUCUGAAACAAAACCCUUUUUUUCUAUUUUCCUUCUUUUUUUCUUUUUCCUGUUUUCCUAAGAAGCAUGAAGAUACAGAAUCAAAUUCAGGUGAUUGCCGCAUUGCCUGACUUUCGUUUUUUUUGUUUUUUUUUUUAAACGAAAUUCUCAUGGUGGCUCCCCUUUUAUGAGUGUAGGGUAAAUUCCACUUUAUCUUAGUUGUUUGUUCUAAAUAUUACUUCAGGGUAUUGCCCAGUGCACCAGACCAUGCUCAUUAACUUUACUUGUUCAGGUUUUAGUGAGCAAGCUGAGGCUUCUCUUGGACUUACCCUACUGAUAGACAAGGAGAACUCCCCUUUCAAAGGAUCAUGAAAUUGCACUCCAGCUUUGUACCUAGUGACACUGGAGGUUGAACGGAAAAUAUAAAAACACUGUCCUCGUAGACCCGCGUCCAUGCAUGUGCAAGGGUGUGUGUAGCUAUUUUUGACCUGUGUUUUGUAGAUGCACACGUGUACAUGUGAGCUUGUCUGCAUGCGCAAAUAUGAAGCUCCACUUUUUGAGGUGUCUGUGUGUAGGUCACCUUGGUGACACUUAUUGUAAAGUUUGCAUACAGGGCCACUUGUCAUCUAGGUUUUUGCAAGAACACAACUUUGAGCUUAUUUAAUCAUAACACCUACCAUCCGCUUUCCAGAAAGAGGAGAUCCGUGCUGGUGAAAUCUAUUGGCAAUAGAUAUCUUUCAAUAAUAGACCCUCAGCUUGCGCUGUCCACGAGGAUGAGAAGCGAGGAGGACAACCUGCAAAAAUCCGUCAUCAUUUGUAAAUGAAUCUCAGGUGUCAAGCAUUUGCCAACAGCAGGGAUUUUAGAUGAUUGUGCUCAUUAAACAGACCGGCAUAGGGAAGGUCCGCUUCCUUCUAGCCUGCCUUCUGCAAGAUGUGGUCAUACUUAAAACGGGAAGCAGUGCUUGUAUUACUGUAUCUUAGGGUGGAUAAUAUAACUCAUGGAAAGCCUGUGGUGGGCAUCCAUCUCAGGACACAGCAGAGGCAGGAGAGAAAAGCAGGGUUUGAGCGAUACAUCACAUUUUAAUACAGGAUCUUAGUUGAAGGGAGAAUUAUUUUGGUUAAACAUCUACAGUACAAUAACUCUGAAGCCAUAACUUUUAACUGGAUUGGGUUAUUUUGUUGUGUUUAUUUUUUUUUUUUUAAGUUUAAGGGGAAGAAUAGGGAUUUUAAUGUUUUUUAUUGAGUAUUUUAAUUCUUUGUAAAAAAGAAAAACCUAAAAAAAAACAGAUCUCUCUAUAUGAAUAUAUAUAUAUACACACAUUCAGAAGUAUAAAUAUUACCUCUCAGCCUAUUGUUUGUAUAGUAAUCACUACAGAAAAACCAAAUGCGCCAAGCUAUAUUUACACUGGAACUAUUUGUACUUGUACCUGGAAAUUUCUUCUAAAAGCUGGAAUGGAUCUGUACUUAUGUUACGUGUCACAUUUUUAUAAUGUCAUAUAAUCAUUGUCUGUUCUUCAGGUGUACACCAUUUUCUGUGUGUAUCCUUCAGGGGUUUUAGUGACGUGUCCAAAGUUCUAUAAAUAUAUAUAUAUAUUUGUUUUUUUUCUGCUUUCUGUGCAGAACUGUUAAUCUCCCAAAUGAUCUUGUCUGAGGUGCUUCUCUGCCUCACACAGCUCACUAGCAUACUUCAGUGAAGCUGGCUUGUGCAUUAAUGGGGUGUAUGUAAAAAGUUGUGAUUUAUCUUUUUUUAUUUUUUUGAAGGGGGGGGGGGGGGAGGGGAUUGGUGAACAAUGUCCGUCGAGCCGUUGUGUAUGUAUACUGCAUUUUGUUGUUCUUACUCAAAUAUGGAAUUUCCUAAGCAACAUACUACAUACAUAUGCAACAUAUCACCUUCCUAAGUUUUACUUGGCAAAAAUGGAUUUAAAACAUGUGAACUGUGUGACUGCUAUUGCAUACUGCGAUAUAUAUAUAUAUACUGUGGAAUCAUUUUGAUUGCACUGAUCUUGAUGUUGGCUUUAAGCCCAUCAAGGAAAAUGUAGACGGUUUUUACUGUCUGCAUCUGGUUUUUGUUAUUGCCGAAUAACACAUGCACAUUCCCAUCAGGAAUACUAAGGGUGCAUAAACCAGAAUAUUUAUAGUGAUACAUUUUGCUUGUCUUUGAACAAGGUUUUCCUUAUAUAGCCCAACUUUGUCUCUGGUUAGGUGGUUUAAUCCUUUCUUGAACAUUAACACAAGAGCCUGGGUAUACCAACUACAAUAUAUUACACACCAUAUUCUCGCACAGUCUGUCUUUAAUAAAAAGACCCCCAUAUGUUGUCAGGAUAGACAUAACAAAAUCCUGACUGCUUUCUGACAUUGGUAGUCUUUGGGCCUCCACAUUAUGAGACCUUUACUUAACACCAUUGUUUAAUUGUUUUACUACAGACUUGCUGGAAUUGAGGCUCUAGUUCUGUAAUCAAGACAACUUAAUUUAUUCAUGCCUUCAUAUUGUGCCAACCCAUACCACGUUGGCCAGAUUUUAUUUAUGUAUAUAUUUUAUUUUUUCUCACCUCAAUAUGAAUUAUCAUUCUGUCUUGACCUGUUGGCUUUUUCAUUCUUUAAAUUUAAUUUUACAUUUUUU